AUGGUGCGCGAGCAGCGCGGCAGUCACCGGGAGCGCUGGGGCAGCUGCUUUGCUCUGCCCCUGCCUCCGCCGUCCGCCCGCUCGAGCAAGCCAGGGACCUCCAGACAGGGGCAAACAGGAGCAACUCCCCUUCAUGGGCGCUUGAAUCCGCAGCUGGAAGCAGCCGUUCUUGGAGCAGGUGUGGCUGUGAUGCACGUCCCGGGGGCACGACGGAGCGGGUGCACGAUGUGGUCGCUCGUUUCCAUUCACCCAGCUAAAGGCACCAGCAUUACCCUUCGAGGCAAAACGAAGCAAGGUCUCCUGCCUAGCUUGGAAGAUCUUCUCUUCUACACUAUUGCCGAAGGACAAGAAAAAAUACCCGUUCAUAAAUUCAUUACUGCACUCAAAUCUACAGGAUUACGUACAUCUGAUCCCAGGUUGAAAGAGUGCAUGGAUAUGUUAAGACUGACCCUUCAAACAACUUCAGAUGGUGUUAUGCUGGACAAAGACCUUUUUAAAAAGUGUGUACAGAGUAAUAUUGUAUUGCUGACUCAAGCUUUCAGGCGGAAGUUUGUCAUUCCAGAUUUUAUGUCGUUUACUUCACAUAUUGAUGAGCUAUAUGAAAGUGCUAAAAAGCAAUCAGGAGGAAAGGUUGCUGACUAUAUUCCACAACUGGCCAAGUUCAGCCCUGAUUUGUGGGGCGUCUCGCUCUGCACGGUGGAUGGGCAGAGGCAUUCGGUUGGAGAUACCAAAGUUCCAUUUUGUCUUCAGUCCUGUGUGAAGCCUUUGAAAUAUGCUAUUGCUGUUAAUGAUCUUGGCACUGAGUACGUGCACAGAUAUGUUGGCAAAGAGCCUAGUGGAUUGAGAUUCAACAAAUUGUUCCUGAAUGAAGAUGACAGGCCUCAUAACCCUAUGGUGAAUGCUGGAGCAAUUGUGAUCACAUCCUUAAUCAAGCAAGGAGCAAAUAAUGCAGAAAAAUUUGACUAUGUGAUGCAAUUCAUGAAUAAAAUGGCGGGUAAUGAAUAUGUUGGAUUCAGUAAUGCUACGUUCCAGUCUGAAAGAGAGAGCGGAGAUAGAAACUUUGCGAUAGGCUACUACCUGAAAGAAAAAAAGUGUUUUCCAGAAGGAACGGAUAUGGUUGCUAUCCUGGACUUCUAUUUCCAGCUCUGCUCCAUAGAAGUGACGUGCGAGUCGGCGAGCGUGAUGGCAGCGACUCUGGCCAACGGCGGCUUUUGCCCCAUCACUGGGGAGAGGGUCCUGAGUCCUGAGGCAGUCCGCAACACCCUGAGCUUAAUGCACUCCUGUGGCAUGUAUGACUUUUCAGGGCAGUUUGCCUUCCAUGUUGGUCUUCCUGCAAAAUCUGGUGUUGCUGGUGGGAUUCUUCUGGUUGUUCCUAAUGUUAUGGGCUUGAUGUGCUGGUCACCUCCUUUGGACAAGAUGGGCAACAGUGUUAAAGGAAUUCACUUUUGUCACGAUUUGGUUUCUCUGUGCAAUUUCCACAACUAUGAUAACUUGAGACACUUUGCGAAGAAGCUUGAUCCGCGCAGAGAAGGUGGUGACCAGCGGGUGAAGUCUGUGAUAAACCUGCUGUUUGCCGCCUACACGGGGGACGUGUCCGCGCUGCGGAGAUUUGCUCUAUCAGGAAUGGAUAUGGAACAAAGAGAUUACGACUCACGAACAGCACUGCAUGUAGCGGCUGCAGAAGGACACGUGGAUGUCGUUAAAUUUUUACUGGAAGCAUGCAAAGUGAAUCCUUUUCCCAAAGACAGGUGGAAUAACACUCCAAUGGAUGAAGCUUUACAUUUUGGACACCACGAUGUGUUUAAAAUCCUUCAAGAGUAUCAGGUCCAGUACACGCCGUCGGAGGAUCCCAACAACGGAAAGGAGAACCGAACGGUUCACAAAAACCUCGACGGUUUACUGUAAUCACCCUCAGCUUGAGCCCAAGAAUCGAAUCACUUACCUAUUUAAUUGUGGUAUGCAUAAGUAAUGAAGAGCGUGUGUGUUUCUAUCUGAUAGUGGUAUAUAUUUUGCAGAAGUCUCUGUUACUUCAGUGUUAUGUUACAGGAGUUUCUAUACGCACAGGACAAAUCCAAUCUCUUUCUCUCUCAAAAA